AUGUGCGGUUUGUCGCCUUUUUUUCGUAUUAUUCUCACACAGGCUUCUGGUGACUCCCCAGACCCACGUUUCACACGGUUUGGUGUUGCUCAAAGGUGGCAAACUGGUUUAGCUUGUUUGAUGGAUAAAUAUUGUUUUUUGGACAUUUUUCAUAAUGUGGAAAAGGUAAAAUCAGAAAUAGAACCAAUAGGUACUCUUAUAAUACUAUUAUUACGUCUUGUACAUUAUCAGAUAACUUUGUAA